AUGAAAAAUAAAACACUUGAGGUAAUUGUGAUAAAAAUUUUGUCAAUAAAAAGCUGAGCACCAUACCCAAUGCUUGCAGCCAAUAUUAUCAUAAAAGUCAUAACCAGUUGAUUUCCAACAAAGACAGCACUUGGACUUCUAGUCAUGGCUAAGAAAACAAGGACGAAGAAUGUUCGAUCACCUAGUUCAGAUAAAAGAGUUGCUAAAAACGCACCAAGCACAGAACUGAUCGGCGAUUCUUUGUAG